UCCCCAUCUCUUCCUCGACGCCCUCGAGCGUCAUUUGCGGCGACAUUCACGCAACCUGCUCGCCGUUUGUAGGCGCUACUCUAGCUUUCCCCGUAUCUUCUGUUCUGUCUGGAUCUCCUUGUCAUCGAUAUCUGAGUCGAGCCAGCUGGGCGCAUGUCAGCCACAAUGUCGAACGCGAGCAUGAUGCCGCCGCAGAAUGCGGACCUCCUCACGACCUGGAAGUACUUGGAAGACGGCGUGGACCACAUCAUGACGAAGUUGCAAUCCGGCGUCUCAUACUCCAAGUACAUGUCCCUCUAUACCGUCGCCUACAACUACUGCACCUCAUCAAAGAUCCAUCAGGCCAUGGUAGACAGCAGCGCAGGGCUGGGGAACCGCAGCGGCGCCAAUCUGAUGGGAUCCGACCUCUACAACCACCUCAUCAAGUACUUCGUCGGUCACUUGAAGUCAAUACGAGAGCACGCAGAAACCUUGCAGGACGAGGCAUUGCUCAAGUACUAUGCUGAGGAGUGGGACCGAUACACCACCGGUGCCAACUACAUCAACCGUCUCUUCACCUACCUCAACCGCCAUUGGGUCAAGAGGGAACGAGACGAGGGCCGUAAAGGCGUGUAUCCCGUAUACAUCCUCGCCCUCGUACAAUGGAAAAACAACUUGUUCUUCCCCAUCCAAGCCAAGGAGACGCGAAUAGCUAGUGCAUGCCUCCGCCUUAUUGAGCAACACCGUAAUGGCGAAAUCAUUGACCAAGGCCUUGUUAAAAAGGUCGUCGACUCCUUCGUCUCCCUCGGUCUCGACGAAGCCGACAUCACGAAAGUCUGCCUCGAUGUCUACCGCGACCACUUUGAGACCCCCUUCCUCGCGGACACGGAAAAGUAUUACAAGACCGAAUCCGACACCUUCCUCGCGCAAAACUCCAUCUCCGAUUACCUCAAGAAGGCCGAGGAGCGCCUGCGCGAGGAGGAGGACCGCGUCGAGCGCUACCUCAACAACCAGACGCGCAAGCCGCUUGUUGCCAAGUGCGAGCACGCGCUCAUCAGGGAGCACUCCGAGCUCAUGUGGGAGAGCUUCCAGCAGCUGCUGGACUACGACAAGGACGAGGACCUGCAACGGAUGUAUGCCUUGCUGGCUCGGAUACCAGAGGGCCUGGAGCCGCUGCGCAAGCGCUUCGAGGAGCACGUCAAGCGCGCGGGAAUCGCUGCCGUGGACAAGCUCAUCGGCGCGGGCGAGGGCUCUGGUCCGGACGCGGUCGAGCCGAAGGCGUACGUCGACGCGCUGCUGAACGUCCAUAGUAAGAACUCGGAGAUCGUCCAGCGGAGCUUCCGGGGCGAGGCGGGCUUCGUUGCGAGCCUCGACAAAGCGUGCAGGGACUUCGUCAACCGCAACGGCGCGACGGGCUCGUCGAGCUCGAAGUCGUCGGAGCUGAUUGCGAAGCAUGCGGAUCUGCUGUUGCGGAAGACGAACAAGGUGUCGGAGGAGGAGGAUCUGGAGACGGCGUUGGGCCGGGUGAUGAUACUGUUCAAGUACAUCGAGGACAAGGAUGUGUUCCAGCAGUUCUACACGACCAAGCUGUCGAAGCGUCUUAUCCAUGGUGUCUCCGCGUCCGACGAGGCCGAGGCGAGCAUGAUCUCCAAGCUCAAGGAGGCCUGCGGCUUCGAAUAUACCAACAAGCUGCAGCGCAUGUUCACCGACAUGUCGCUCAGCAAGGACCUCACCGAACAGUUCAAGGAGCGCAUGGCGCAAAACCAUGACGAUAACGACAUCAACUUCAGCAUCAUGGUCCUUGGCACGAACUUCUGGCCGCUCAACCCGCCCACGCACGACUUCAUCAUCCCGCAAGCCAUUAUACCUGUUCACGAUCGCUUCCAGCGAUACUACCAGUCGAAGCACUCAGGGCGGAAGUUGACAUGGCUCUGGAACUACUCCAAGAACGAACUCCGGACGAACUACCUCAACCAAAAGUACAUCCUUUUGACGAGUUCGUACCAAAUGGCCGUGCUACUCCAGUACAACACGCACGAUACGCUGUCACUGGAUGAGCUCGUAGCAGCGACCUCGAUCCCGAAGGAGUUGAUGACGCAGAUUCUCGCGCUAUUGGUGAAGGCGAAGGUGCUGGUCAGCGAGGAAACGGACCAGUACGACUUGAACCCAGGCUUCAAGUCGAAGAAGAUCCGCGUGAACCUGAACCAGCCGAUCAAGGCUGAGGUGAAGGCGGAGUCGAGCGAGGUCAUGAAGACGGUGGACGAGGACCGGAAAUACGUGAUCCAGGCGACGAUCGUGCGGAUCAUGAAGGCGCGCAAGACGAUGAAGAAUCAGCAGCUCAUCCAAGAGGUCAUCUCCCAGAUUUCGACGCGCUUUGCGCCCAAGAUUCCUGAUAUCAAGAAGGCGAUUGACACGCUCUUGGAGAAGGACUACAUCGAGCGUGUGGAGGGCGCGAAGGAUACGUUUGCCUAUGUUGCAUGAUGUGGUCGUAUGUCGAAGGCUAUGGUGUGUAUUAUGCCAUGUAUGACCUGCUUUGUGGAUGGAGAAGCUCUGUUGUUGUUUCCUCUGCUGUUUGUGUAGCAUUCCCCUGUAUCUAUAUACACCCUGUGUUAGCAUGUGUAUACCAUUCAAUGGACCUUCACAAGCGCCAA